UCGCACUUUGCGGCGACAGCUUCACCAGUACUGUCUGGGAUUGUCCCAAGACAAGAGACCAUGAUCCCCAUGAAUACAAUACUGCGAUCCCUGGCCCGUCUGCCAUUCAGGAGACCGGUGGCACUUAUGACGAGGAACUUUGAAGUUGGAUGUCCCAUGGCAACUCACACACAGAGGAACGUGGAGUUAACUCCUUUGGAGCAGAGGAAACUUACGUUCGACUCACACGCCGUGGUCAAGGACCUGGUGAUAAGUGGCUUUGAAAAGAACCAAGCUGAGAUCAUCGUGUCGGCUCUGGUGACUCUGACCACCGCAAACUUGGACAUCGUCUACAAGGACAUGGUGACGUCAUCGCAUCAGGAGGUGGCGCUCCAGCAGAUCCUGGCUCACCUGGACGCCGUCAGGAAGGACAUGGUGAUCUUGGAGAAGAGCGAGUUUGCCAAUCUGCGCUCUGAAAAUGAGAAAAUGAAGAGAGAGCUGAAUCAGCUGAAGUCCAGCUUGACGGAGGAGAGCCAGAGGGUCCGAGCAGAGGCCAAGCUGGACAUCAACCUGGAGAGAAGCAGGGUCUCAGACAUGUUUACUGAACAGGAGAAAAAGCUGUUGGAAGCCAACACAGAGUUUCACAGGAAGAAAGCAGACCUUGACCACGACGCCAUGGAGACCAACAAGAAGAUCGACCUCGAUGUAGCCUCGCUAAAAACCCUGCUGGAGUCUCUGAAACUCGAGACCGUGCGCUACCUUGCAGCCUCUGUGUUUUCUUGUCUGACCAUCGCGUUGGGCUUCUACUGGCUAUGGAAGUGAAGAGGACUACCUACACAAGUCUCCAGAAGUAUUCGUUUGAAGAUUGUUUUAAAUCAAGAGCAUUAAUUUAUAAUUGGGAUGUCACAAUUUUAUCAUUGAAAUACAUAUUUCUUGCGUGUCAUUUAUUGAAGUUCUAUUGUAUAAGCUAAUCAAAAUGUAUAUUUCCAUUGUACCUCUGUUCCAAGAUAGCCUUUGACCAAGAUCAACUGUCACCAAGUGAUUCAUGUUCAGUAAAACCUUUUCCUGAAAACAUGUCAAUCUUUUUUUCUUUCUUUGAUUUAAAAUUCCAUGAAGUUUAAUGAAUUGAAUGAGUAAACCAUCUGCAACUUUUAAUUUGCAGUCUAAUUUAAAUUUUAAGCAGUUUAUUUAGCAGAGUAUUAACCGUUGAUAUUGUGAAAUACCAACCUGGUUAAGUGUGCUCACCAAUUUACUCAAAUGUAAAGUCACUCAGUUGCCGGAAAAAAGAAACAUCAGUACGCAAAGAAAACCCAGAAUACCAGCAUUUAAUACAUCAAACCUUUAUUGACUAUAGCAUAGCUAACAAGGAAAACCCAACACCACACCAAUCACUGUUCACACAAAGAUCUACUUUUCAGACUUGCUUUAUUUGAUAAGAAAAAACGGAUCAGGCCAAAAAUAAUUAGUUGUCAAACCUCUGCAAAAAAAUAAACAUCCGCUGUCAUCUUACGACUGUUAAACAUGACAAACGUGUUUAAUUAUAGAAACCACUGAAUCCCAAUACUGAACUUAAACCACUGCAAGAUCAAUGCAGUAUAUUCCUACCAUAAAUUUUACGUAGACGUUAAUUUUUUUGUUAAAUACAUUUCAGCUGUGGUCCACAAAAAAAAAAUACAGACUGCGAUUUUUAUUAUUUUGCCUCUGCAAAACUACACCAUGUGGGAAAAAUGUCCAUCUGAGUUUUUCUGUGUAUUCAUUUACCAUGAA